AGGCCUAGGCGUGUUUGUUGUAUCGUAGACAUUGGCAUGCAAUGCAACUAUGCGAUGAAGGGAAGCAGAACAACGAUGGAGAGUGAGAACUUACCGAUUCUGAGAAUUCGCGUCGUCAAAUUCCUUAUUCAAUCUGCUCAUGAUCUCGAAGUGGCUCCGAUCGUCAAAUACUCUGCGUUGUCACUUUUCGCUGAUAGAUUCUACCCAUCGCUUUCUGGAAUCACCAGCAGCAAUGCCUCAAGAAAUUGGCUUCUGCAACCAAUCACAGAGAGCAAUUUGCAGUUAUUUGCACUUGUUUCCUUAUGGAUAUCUAGCAAACUGCACACUUCUCAUCCUCUUUCUAUAAAACUUCUGAAAUCUUUUGGGGAUAAGAUGAUUAAGGAACAACAUUUCAUGACCCGGGAUUUAUUGGAUGCAGAGGUCAUAUUCAUGCAGAUAUUGAAGUUUGAGAUUGGUACUGCAAAUAUCACUUUUGUAUUUCUUGAGGAACUUCUUAUUCAAUUCAAGGAAGUAGCGAAAGUUGGGGAGCUUGUGAACUGGGAAGCAUGCAUGGAUGUAAUGGAUCUUCUUUAUGAAAAAGAAGAGACAUCUGUGUCUUACAGUUCUCCUUGUUCUUUAGCUGCUGCCAUCUUGGUGGCUUCAUAUCUCAUCACUGUUCCAGUGCAAGAAUGGGAAUUUCCAGUUCUUCCCUGGGUCCAGUUCGUAAUGCCAUUCAUAGAAGAAGAUAUUGUAGAACAAAUCAGAGGCAUUCUGCUUCACGUUUUAGAGACUGAUACUGAUUGCUAGAGAAGUAGCAGAGGCUUGAAAACAGAGCAGCUCUUAAUCAUGAGAAGUAAGUGCUGUUGCUAUUUUGUGCUAUCUUUUUGGGUUAAAAGUUGAUGUUCCUGCCAGGAAGAAACUGAAAUGCAUUGUAGCUGUGGAAGCCGUACAAAUAGAGAAAUAGAAUCAGCCUACCAAAGUGGGUAAAUGUUUUUUUAGCAACAACAUAUGAUCUAAGUCUUAAAAGUAGAGCUGUUGAAAUUUUUUAAAUUGGGCGUUUUUUAGCAUAAUAAUUCUUUUACGUUAA